UUAACAGAGCCCGGUUUCAUUCACAAAUCACUUCUCAAUUCAACAUACAAAAUGUUGCCAACGGCAUAUGUGCACCUAAUUUCAUUUAAUUCGGUUGACACUAGCCAAACACCUGACAUACACGAGGAAUGCACGAGUCAAAGUGACAGCAAUACUAUACCUUGUCUGUUUCCGAUGCAAGCAGCUCAACUACACACUCAACUGCUAUUACUCGAUUACAAACAGUUCAAGGCCGCGCGCACUAUACAAAGUAAUUUUCGUGGUUUUAACGUUCGUAUUAAAUUGCGAAGGGAGCAGGAAGCCGCUGCAAUUAUUCAGAAUUCGUGGCAUCGAUAUAUAGGCAGACGUUACUUGAUCCUUCUGGCUCAGGAACGGGCGCAACAGUCCAUACAGAUUCUGUACUACAACGCAUCUCUAAAGAUACAGUCCUUCUUUCGGGGCUGGUGGUCGCGCAAGCAUGUCAACAAUUUGCUCUUCCUCAAGAACAUGCAGCUGCAAUGCGUGGAGGAACUGCUGCAUUCGUAUGCCAAAAAUCUGCACACAAUGAUGAGAACCGGCGAAUUGCCAGGAUUUAUGGAUUUUAAUAAGGAUAAAGACAAUUUCAAAGUAAAGGACAUCCUAACGACUCUAGCCUAUCGAUUUUAUAAUCGAUAUGUGGGCAAUAAGUAUAUGACUUCUAGAUCAGAGACGAAGGCACGUCGUCGCGAAUUCAUGCAUGCCGUGCUCAGAACUUGGGUGCCAUAUUCGGGCGUCAACCACAAUGCCGCAUGCCAAAAAUGGACAGAUAAUUUUGAUAUUGUGCCCAAAGUCUAUGAGCUCCGUGAAUACGAUGUGGCCCAGAUGUUUAUAAAACAGACAGGAUUGAAAAUUUUACAAAAGGAAGUGGUACGGGCCAAUGAAAAAGAGGUGCUGGAGAGAAAGAUGAAAAACAACAUGAAAAUACAAGCAUUCUGCAAAGACGUCGCGAAUAGCAUGAGAUUUUGGCGCGCUUGUCGGAUAUGUGAGGGAAAAGUCAAGAAUAACUUAUUUAACGAAAACUUUAAAAAUUAUCUCGCCGAUGUCAAAUUCGAACUGGAGGCAAUACAUUUUGUGGCCAAUUGCAAUUGCACCAGGGAUAAUAAGCAAAAUGAGCUCUUAAAAUGCCCAUCGCACACGUCGUUACCUUGAAUUCAAUAGCCAAAGCACGAACAAUUUUUGAACAUUUCAGAUUGUUUAAUUAUUUAAAGAAAAUAAAAAAUACGUUUAAUAGCGGAAGGCGAUAGGAGCAUUUUGAGCCAUAAGAUGAGA